ACCGUUACAAGGCGGUCUCAGAAUAACUAUUGUUGUAAUUAUGAAGACUGGACGUAGUGUUUUUGUGUUUUUUAUAUAUUUUAAAUCGGUAAAUGAAAUUUUCGGAGAUUGCAAUUUAUCAUUAAAAACUGAUUUCGGGCAUCCGUCACCGGUUUACGUCAAGAGCGGGAAAUUUUUGGCGCCAAAUGCAACGACCGGCGACAUCUUGGUGCGUCGUUCGGAAACUCUACUCGUAGGGUGUCCAGGGAAAAAUAGAUUUAUUGUUUUAUCUAAUCAUACCACGGAUUUGGACGUUGUUGAAGUUCAAUGUCUAUCAGGCAAAACAUUCCACGCCGGGAGAUGGGUGGGUGACUUCAAGCAGAUAAGAUGUAACGCCCCGCCUUGGUUCACGGUGGAAGCCAAGAACAUUUCGUGUUCCGAUGGCCACAAAACUUACAGGGUUGGUUACCGCAUGGCGGAUAACUUCUACACUCUGUACGAGGCUUGCUUUGACGAGGGUCUGUUGAUGACGGUGUACGUGCGUCAUGAACUCACACCAGAGGCCAAGUACCACCAGUUAGGUGGUAAUCGGCCAUCGUUUAUUGACACGGGUGUAUUCGGCAAGAUCCGCAUGUCAAAUGCGUACGCACUGAAGAACCAAAGAGCUAGAGUCAACGACACACUUGGAGAUAAGAUGGAUCAAAAAUACAUUACCAAGAAACAGUUCCUUACACGAGGUCAUCUCGCACCGCGUGCAGAUUUUUCACUACGGACUCAUCAACGAGCUUCCUUUCACUAUAUCAACGCUGCACCACAAUGGAUGCGGGGGAACGCGGGAGACUGGGCAGCGUUAGAAGAUGCACUACGCCGUCGCAUAGCCAGCAGAGGAAAGAAGGUAACAGUGUACACCGGGACACACGGUGUCUGCACAUUGGCUGAUGCUUACGGUGUUCAACACGAGUUGUAUUUACACGCUGACGAUAACAAUAACGGAGUGAUUCCUGUUCCUCUUUACUAUUAUAAGGUGGUUUAUGACUCAGAAGAGAAAACAGCAGUUGCCUUUGUAACAAUCAAUUCUACAUACUACAACACAACUAUGAUAGACGAGUUAACGUUUUGCAGCGACAUCUGUGACGGAAAUCGGAACUAUUCUUGGUUGAGAUGGCGUUCGAAUGACGGGACCCACAGUUUCUGUUGUGAUUAUGAUGAAUUCAUAAAAGAAAUUGAUCAUUUGCCCGAAUUUAAUGUUAGUGGAAGAUUUUUUUAA